GAUCGAUUACUCUGCUCUGGAUCUGACAGCAGCGCUCUGAUUGGUCUACAGGUCCUGGCGCCAAAACAGCAAGGAGGAAGAAAACAUGUUAACACAACAAUACAGGUCUUAGCUCAUAAUUUCAGUAUUUUUAGCAUAUACUUGAUAUCAAGCUACAACUUUGGGUCUCAUUCGGACACACAAUGGAUACACAGUCCUAUCUACCUGUACAACCUGGGGUGGGCAUGGAGGAGAAUUUCCUGUCUCUCGACGAUAUUUUACUCUCUCAUGAGAGACUUCCCAUCCGGACAGAGUGCAGUUUUCCCCGGCUGGGCUUUCUGGAGAAGUCGAGUGACUCGCAGGACAUACCGGAGGGCACAAAGAUGGAGCUUCCGUUGUGGCUGUCCAAGGGUCUGUACGAGAAGAAGAGGAGAGUUUUGUCAGUGGAGCUACCAAAGGUGUACAGAGAGGGCUGGAGGACGGUGUUCAACGCUGACCCCAACGUGGUGGACCUGCAUAAGAUGGGGCCCUACUACUACGGCCUCGGGUCCCAGAUGCUGCACUUUGACAGCCCGGAGAACCCCGAGAUCGCACAGACGCUGCUGCAGACGUUCAUCGGUCGCUUCCGACGGAACAUGGACUCCUCCCAGAAUGCCUACAACGAGGACACGUCUGCGCUGGUGGAGCGCCUGGACUGCCUGGAGAAGGCUCUGUUCACGUCGGGGCAGAGCGGCCUCAACAGCUUCCAGACCUGGGAGAAGGGCCGGGCCUCCCAGCUCACCGCCUCCAGUCUGGUUCUCAACUACCGCAAGAGGAAGAUCACCGAUUUACAGCCCUGACCUGAAGCUCAAAGACACAGAGACUGGCCACAACCUGUGGCUGUACUUCAGAGCAGCACUUACUUUUACAUUCAUUUUCAUUUCAAAGACCCUGCAGGGUUUCCCCCCCGAAACGUUGUUCAGCCUGGUGUGUUUUCUCCUGCUAAGGCCCGCCUGGGGCCAGUCACAGGUCAGGGACAGAUUCAUAACCGGUUAAAAACUUCUUGCCGUUGUUUACUUUUCUUUAGUUUUUUUGCAUCGACCAGCUCUCGGGUUUGGUACGCAGUGUUUAAAAGAACUGGACAUUUGAGGUCAAGUGUACUCAGAUACGGACCCAGGUCCCUAAUCUAAAAUCCCCCUUGCUGCAUUUUAUUCCAUUGUACUUUACUAUUUUUUGAAUUCAUCUCCUGAGUUCUGGAUUUUCCUGUACUUAAAUAAAGAUCUUUCCAAAACAAAUUUGUGCAAAACAAUGUAUCAGAAUGCAGGAAAUUAAGUGUUCUAGGGAAGGACCCUCAGCUAGAAGAUUCGGUAAGGCCCUACAAUAAGUCUGGGCUGAAAGCUAACUGAAGAUUUGAAUAUAUAUCCACCGGUAAAUCUACGUUUCCAACCGAGCCACCCGGCUGUAACCGAAUAAUUCCCAGUGGCUGAGGCCUGGGGGGGGAAACCCUGCCUUGUGUGAGGUAUACACGUCAUUUAUUUUGUCUCAUUGUAGGAGUUUUAAUCUUGGUCAUUUUACAGUGUGUACAUGAUCACUUGGUGUUUCAUCACAAGUACAGAAACCAUGGAUUUUUAAAAGUGGAUUUUUGAUGGAAAUUCCAUUGAUCUGUGAAUAUGAAUAGCUUGUUAUUGAAAUUUGGUUGUUUAUUAAUUCUUUUAGUAUGUAUCAAGUAAAGAUUCCUAACAG